AUGGCUGAUGAACGAAAUUUUCGUUCAUCUUAUUACGAAAAGGUAUGCAUUUUGCACGAACUAUUUGUGUUGAAAACAUUCUGCAUGAAAUAUGUUUCUUAUCGUUUAGGUUAUAAACAAUAAAACGCUAAUUAUAAAUGAUUAAUCAAUUAUACAACUAAAAUAUAGGUGGGAUUUCGUAGCGUCGAAGAAAAAAAAUCUUUGGAGAUAUUACUUAAAGAACGUCCUUUAGAUAAAGCAAAACUAAAACAAUUCUGUUUGCGUUUUACUGUUCCUGCUAAAUACAGAAAUUUUCUUUGGAAAGUAUUAUUAGAUGUGAUACCAAUUUAUAUAGAUAGUCAUGAAUUUAUAAUAAGUCAAAGGAAAGCAGAAUUUCAAGAUCUACAAAAAGCCUUAAAGGUCACAAAGAUUUUGGAUGAUUAUACAAAACCUCAUUUAAUGUUUAUUACUAUGUGGUUAUUGCGUACCAGAAGAGCAAAACUUGAUAUGAAUACUCAAUUAGAAGUUCCUUUACAUAGAGCUAUGAGCAGAAUGGCUGAAACAUUGUGGCAUAUUGUUGAUAUAGAUUCGUAUGAGGAAAAGCUGGUAGAUACAUAUUGGAUAUUAUGUGGACUUUUAGACCAAGUACAAAAAUUUCACAAAGAAAUCAGUAGAUUGCAGGAAUGUACUUGUACUUUGUUGGAGAGAGAAGAUCCAGAAUUGUACAAGCAUCUUGUUAAAAUAGAAGCACUUCACAAUAUUCCAUAUGACAUUUGGUUUUCUUCAUGUUUUGCAGGAACAAUAUCUAAUGGUUCUAUAGCAAAAAUAUGGGACAAAAUAGCUGUAGGUGCAUAUAGAAUUUUAAUGUUUAUCACUGUAGUUAUAUUAACAACUUUAAGAAGACUUCUAUUGAGAUGUGAAAAUAUAGAUGGUAUUUUAGAUACUAUUGCCAAUGUAUGAGAAUAUCUAUAUAUGAUUGUUUUUACAAAUAUGAAGUAUGACAAUUGUUUUUUAAACAAAUAUUUAUAUUUCAGAUAACAGAAGAAACGUCUGAAGUAAUUGUUAACAAAGCAAUUGAAUCUUGGCAACAAAGUGGUUCAACAUUGACAACUAUUUCAUAA